AUGGCCAAAAGCAGCAAGACCCCACUCGAAUUAAUUGAUGCCAUCAGCGCCAGUCCGAUGAGCGACUUCGGCUUUCCGCUGCUGCUCGUAACGGAUAUGUGGGCGGUGGUCGACGAUUUACGACGUGGAAUUUUAGGCAACCUGUCCAAUCCAGUGGCCAUCGCCCGGACGACGCCUCUGCUCGUUUCUCACCACUUGAAACAUGCUGCUGGAGGUCAACUCGAGCCAAAGACCCUUUCAACUGACCGAGUUAACCCGAUUUAUUCCUACUCACCGUCACCUGACUAUGUUGCCUGUCACGUCUCCUUCCGUCUACAGACCAUCUUCUCUUGGCCUCUUCGUCCUUUUGCUCAACAGCCCCGAAUCUUCAGGACAGCUGACUACGCUCUAACAUGUGCGUCAAUGGGUCGGCGUGUACGCAGUCAAUUCAUGGACGUCUGA